AUGUUGUCGUCGUCAUCCUUGUCGUCAUAUAGAUAUUAUUUAUUUAAAAAUUUUAGAACAAAAAAUGAUCGAUUUUUAAGACAUUUUUAUUCCACAACCCAUCAAAUUUCUUUGAAUGAUGAUAAUUUUAAUAAUGAUAGUGGAUCAAAAUUUAAAAAAUAUUCAAAAUUUAUUUACAAAUAUUUUGCCUGGUGUUUAUUUGGAUCUUGUGCAUUAAACUUAAGUAUGUUAAAAUCCAAUUAUAACUCAUACAAAGAAAGAAUGGAAUUCAGGAUUAACAAUCUUGAAGAAAUCAUUCAAAGAUUAAAAAAUGAAGAAAACAUUAAUGACACUCAAAUUUCAAAUAAAAAUCAAUCUGAUAAUAAUGAUGAUGGUGUUUUUGAUAAUAAAGGUAAAUAG